AUGUCCACCUUUAGGCCGUUGUUACAUCAUUUUGUCAUCUCAGUGUGUACAGAAUAUCUUCUUUUUCUGAUUCAGGAGUGCUCUCCUUAUGCUGCCCAUCUGUAUGAUGCUGAGGAUCCCUACACGCCUGUCAGAGACCUACCAGGGCUCUGCUUUGGCUACUGCUCUGAAUUUCACAGCAAGUGUCGCCAUGUGCUUAAAUAUUUAACUGUGAACCAAGUACUGCUGGACACGUCUGAGCGGGCCAUGGCCACGUUCUGCAGCAUAGUGGAGCUUUCUGAUCAGGACUACUGUUACCCCAACGUUCUGAACAGUACUGACCUCAACAGCAACCUGGGACAAUUUGCGGAGGACCCCAAAGGGUGUCUGCAGCUGUGUUUGACUGAAGUGGCCAACAAUCUCAGGAACCCAGUGUUGAUGCUGCACAGCAGUGACGACACACACAGGAUGUUCAUCGCUGAGCAGAUGGGCUUUGUCUGGGUUUACCUACGUGACGGCAGCCGGCUGGAGCGGCCCUUUCUGGAUAUGAGUGGAGAGGUACUGACAACACCUUGGCUGGGGGAUGAGAGGGGGUUCCUGGGCAUGGCCUUUCAUCCCAAGUAUAGAAACAACGGACGGUUCUUCAUCUAUUACUCCAUUCAGAUCAACAACAAAGUGGAUAAAAUCAGAAUCAGUGAGAUGAAAGUGUCCAGCCAUGACAUGAACGUGGCUGAUCCUUUCUCAGAGAGAGUUGUUUUAGAGAUAGAGGAGCCUGCUGCAAACCACAAUGGAGGCCAGCUGCUGUUUGGUCAAGAUGGUUAUUUGUACAUCUUCACAGGAGACGGUGGAAAAGCUGGAGAUCCUUUUGGGAAGUAUGGCAAUGCACAAAACAAGAGUGCUCUUUUGGGAAAAGUUCUCCGCAUAGACGUGGAUGGGAGUGACUCCAGAGGGAAACCGUACAGAAUCCCCACUGACAAUCCGUUUCUUGGAGACCCAGACGCACGGCCAGAGGUCUUUGCAUACGGGGUCCGAAACAUGUGGCGAUGCUCCGUAGACCGUGGAGACCCGGUGAGCCGCUAUGGCAGGGGUCGGAUAUUCUGUGGAGACGUUGGUCAAAACCGAUAUGAAGAAAUUGACAUUAUUUUGAAUGGAGGAAACUAUGGGUGGAGAGCGAAGGAGGGCUUUGAGUGCUACGACAUCAAACUGUGCCAAAAUUCCUCUCUGAAUGACGUCCUCCCCAUAUUUGCAUAUAGCCAUCAUGUUGGGAAGUCUGUCACAGGGGGAUAUGUGUACAGAGGAUGUGAAUCACCCAAUCUGAACGGCCUGUACAUUUUUGGAGACUUUAUGAGUGGUCGACUGAUGGCGUUAGAGGAAGAUAAAACAGCAGGAAGCUGGACAGAGAGGAGUGUUUGCAUGGGUGACACAACGACCUGCUCCUUUCCUGGACUCAUCAAUCAUCACCACAAGUUCAUCAUCUCUUUCGCUGAAGAUGAAGCAGGGGAGCUGUAUUUUCUGGCCACUUCAUACCCGAGUGCCAUGUCACCUUCUGGGACAGUGUUUAAGUUCAUGGACCCUUCCAGGUGUAGUAUCUGUGCUAUUCCUUUAAUAGUGUGA